AUGCAAACCUGUCGGAGUCAAGCCUCGCAGCUGGCUAUAGGCGAGCGCCCUGACUUUUGCACUCUGCAGCAGGUGGCAAGAACAGGGCGAUGGGGGCGCAGAACUUUGGAAGCUGACUCUCGCGUGGAAAGCGGGGAGACCGGCGGGGCGAAGGCCGCUUUCCACCCGCAGGGAAAGUGGCCACACUACAGACCCGAUGGGGACUCACACAUCCUGGCCGGGACUGGCGUCCACUGCGUCCCGCUGCCCCUUAGCCCCCCGCGCGUGGGGAGAGGCGCGCCACGAACACCUUUGACUGUAACGUGCCGUCUUCAAGGGAUUUUGUGUUUGUGUGCUUGCAUACGACUAUUCGAUGCGUUCUCUUCUGCCCUAGUGGCCCGUUUGCCUGCCGGGGGUGGGGGUGGGGGUAGAGUUUUGUCCUCGCGGGAGAAGGGGGGCGGGGAGGGAGCCUGCGACUGUGGACCGGGUGAGUUGUUCCUUUCCACGCUUUCCCAGCUGGGUCUUUCUGGAGGGCUGGCGCCGCCGCCGCCGCCGCCGCCGGCCCCGGGACAAAGACUCGGAAUAGAACUCCUCGUAGCUCGUGACUGCACGGUUUACGCCACAAAAGUGCUCUUGACAUCCGUGACACCGUUUCGACUUUCUUUCUUAAACAUUUCCUUAAUAAAUGCGACCUGUAAGUGUUUUGUUCCUGGCCUCCUUCGUGGUCAUUCUGCGCUCCCUGGCAGAGGGGGGCGGGCAGCUGUAGAGUCUGCUCCGUGGCCAGGGGAAUUUCGCCUUGGAGAGAUGCGGUUCGCCUCUCGGGGGUCCCGAGGAGGCGAGGGUGGGGCGACAUGGAGAGAGCCCUGAGCCCCGGGCGCAGCGGUCCCCCAGGCACUCGAGUGCUGGACACCUUGAAGGAAGUCAACGCAAAGGUCCUACUACCCUGUCAAGUCUGAAACCAUACCUGGGCGAUGAGCUGUGAUUUCUGAUUUUCAACCACCCCUGGCUUCUCACCGGAUCCAGAGUCUUUCCUGUUCCAGUGUCUUCCUGUGCUGAUUCUGAGUGAGGAAGGGAAAGACACACUGAACUGAGAGGUUAGAAAUGUUGGUUUUGGUCUCUCAGCAGUUGGAUGGCCUCAGGGAAGACGGAUUCCAGAAGCACAUUACAAUUCUACGAUUCCAUUGUGUUAAUUUGUUUCACAUUCCCUAUCUCAUGUCUCAUGCCUUAAUCCUUUAUGUGUCUUAAAAACCUUUUUUAUCUUUCCAAUCUUGAUAUUUUAGGUAGAUUUUUUUUUCUCACAAGUCAAGUGCUACUGGACUCAGGAAAUAAUAUUUACAAUAAUCAAAGCAAGAUUUGAGACACCUAGAUAGGCCUGGGUAGAUGGCAGUGUCAAGCCUGUUGGAUUUCACACUAUCUAACCAGUGCCUUAAAUGUCCCAGAUCUCUGUGUUCUCACUGGAUAAAGCCAUGAAAGCAAAACCCAGUGGGCCAGGGAGUAAGUCAUUCUUCUAGGUACACAUUCAGGCUACUAGGCUCUGUUCGUAGGAACUGCUUGGGUGUUUUAAGACUAAUAACGGCAAAUCCACCCCCCCCCCCCCCCACAAAGCCUGUGGCCCUUUGAACUUCUGCAACAGCACACAGCAGCUGUUCUGCAUGCAGUUUAGAGCCUUCCUUAGCCCUGGCUUAUUAUACUUGUCAUUUUAGGGAUUGCAAUGCCAGGAAAAGAUUCCAGGGUUCAGUUUGUUCUGUGAGACUCAAAGCUAGUUUGAAGCCUGUUGAAGCAGCAAGUCCACAGCAAUCCUCAAAACAGGAAUCAAUAAAUCUUUUAUUCACCUGCCAAAUCCCAUUUAGACAUGUGCACAAUGGCUCAAAUGGGAUGUGUUUUAAAGUCAGCUCCAGCAGUAGUAAUUGUUUCCUAAUGUCUGAGUUGAAAUGCUCAAUGGCUAAUUGUUUCCAUGGCCCAUCUCACUUAGUCUUCGUUUCAGAUAUUUCUGCUUAAAAGCCCAGGAUUAAUUUUAUAGCAUUAGCUGUGAUUUAAAAAUUCUUGGAAAGUAUAGUUUAGAAAUAAGAAAAUAUAUGUCACUCGUGUAUCAUUUACAAGGAUAAAAUAGUCUGAAUUUAUAUUAAUACUUAUCAUAUUUGUGGAGCUCAAAAUAUUUCAGAGGGAGCUUCUACAAGGACUGUUACAAGGAUCAUUAGAUACACUUUAAAAUACCUCUGAGCACUUUGCAAACAGUGGAUUGCUUCUAUAUUAAAUAACAAUAUAUGAUAUUUGAGAAUAAACAAGACUUCUUUUGAUUUAUUUGGCUACUUAUGCAUAUUUUGAAAGGAUGAGUAAAUUGCCUCCCUCUCUAAAUAUUUUAGGAGUUUGCUUGCUGAAAUAUUUUUGAGUGAGUAAAUGCAGGCACAGAGUGAUCAAUACAGAAAACAUCUAGUCAUCUGUGAUAAUGCCACAACAGAGCAUGGCCCUACCUUCUCCCAUUUUAAAAUGGGUUUCCUUUAGUUAGUAAUAUUUUAUAAGCUCUUAAUUCAAACAGUCAGAUAAUAUUUUUCAAGCACUCGUGUACAUGGUGCAUUGCAACUUAAUGCUGAAAAAAAAUGAGAUGGUUCCUAUCUAUUUGAGCCCCAGAACACAGGCACAGACACAUAUGAUUCAUCUGCAAGCAUCAGAUCAUAAAGUUUUUGUACGAUUUCUGGAACUUAUAGCAGUAGAAAGACACAUGUGUAAUUAUGCAAGAGCCUACACAUUGACAUGGUCUAUUCGGGGGGGAAGGGUUACAGGUUUCCUCAUUGAUUUUUCUUUCCUGUAUUUGUCUUCUACCCUCAGCAAUUUCUCUCUGAUUAUGCACUCCUUCCCUCACCCAUGACGGAAGAUAUACUGCCAUUAAAGAGUCAUUGAUUUUUAACAGA